AUGUCUGAAUUCCCUCCGUCAAGUCUCCGCCCCCUUAUCGAAGAAGUCUUCCACCUCCUCCGCACCCGCAAAGAGACCAUUUCCGUCGCUGAAACCGCAUCUGGAGGCCUCAUUUCUGCCUGUCUCCUCUCAGCCCCAGGCGCAUCCAGCAUCUACAAAGGCGGGCUGACGGUAUACACCCUCGACUCCCGCAUUACCUACACCGGCUGGACCCCCCAGCAUCUAGAGAACUACAGUGGCCCGACCCCAGAAAUAGUGGCGGGGAUCGCGGAAAAUGUGCGCGGCACACUGAAAUCUACAUAUACCGUUUGUGAGAGUGGCACGGCAGGACCGACAGGUGGGACGAGCAGGAAUCGGACCCCCGCUCACCUGCAUUUCCCGCAGUUUCUCUCUUCAUCCCGCAAAAGGCCAAAAGAUCUUCUUGCCUUCGUGCUACCACUACUUACUACUUUGUCGGGCGCUUCUUUUCUCACACCAUCUCAAGUAUCUUCAUAUCCCGGUCAUAUCAAUCUCGAUAGCACCUCUUCACAACACCUCGCCUUUAUCAUCUAUCAGCCCAUCGAUCCAUCCUCAUCCGUCUCGCCCGGCGGGGUCAUGGAUUACUCCGUCAACCUCCGCCGCAAGGAUACCACCAAGGGUCCGCCUUUGCGGAUCCUGUCGCUUGAUGGCGGCGGCGUCCGUGGUUACUCCAUGCUUAUCAUCCUCCAAGAACUCAUGUACCGCGUCUACGUUGAAUGCGAAGGCAAAGCUCCUCGUCGCGAUGAAAUCCCCAAACCCUGUGACCACUUUGACCUCAUCGUUGGCACCGGAACCGGUGGCCUAAUCGCCCUCAUGCUGGGCCGGCUACGCCUGGAUCUCGAGACCUGCAAAGAUGUCUAUGUCCGCAUGACCCGCCGUGUGUUCGAAACCGACAAGACAUUCGCCGGGAUUCCGUUCCAUAAAACACUGUUCAAGGCUUCCAAGCUGGAAGAAGCCAUCCGCGAAUGCGUCCGCGAACAUACCGUCUUCGAAGCGGAAGGGAACGAUUUGAGCCCGUCGGCGCGCAAUUCGCUCGCCAGUGCCCCUUUUAGUCCCAACUCCAUGUCGGUGCCCCAGCGCUCGGGCAGUCGGGCUAGCUUCAGUACUACUGGUUCUCAUUCGUCGGGUCAUGCUAGUCAGCGCAAUUCGACAUUUGUGAACGGUUUGCGCUGGGGGAAUCCGGAUGCGCUGUUGUAUGAUAACCGGGAGUAUCGGACGAAAACUGCUGUGACUGCACUCUACAAAGGUACCACGUCCCGGAACGGCUCGACCGUCCUCCUCCGGUCCUACGAUUCGCGCAAAGAACCCCCACCCGAAUUCAACUGCACUGUCUGGCAGGCUGGUCGUGCCACGUCGGCCACCGGGCUAGCAUUCAAGCCCAUUCAGAUUGGACAGCACGUCUUCAUCGACGAGGGUGCCGGUACCUACAAUCCCUCGCCGCAGGCAUUGGACGAAGCGGUUAUGAAUGAGUGGCCCGGUCGCGAAAUCGGGGUGUUUGUCAGCGUGGGCACUGGCAAGCGCCCACCAGGCACCAACAAUCGGCAACACGAGUGGUGGGAGGACUUCUUUGGGGAUGCCCUGGGCACAUUCGCAGAAGCCCGUCGACGCCUGAUCGCCAAGAUCGAGGGUUGCGAGGAUAUUCAUUUGGCGAUGCUGCGCGACCAUCUAGCUAAGCGCAAUGUAAGCAAGGACAACUACUACCGGCUGAACGUCGAGGUGGGCGUGGGCGAGUUUGGCAUGAAUGAAUGGAACCGGCUGGCAGACAUCAGCACCAACACACGGCGUUACCUGACGCGACCGGAGGUGAAGCACCAGAUCCUGGAUGCGGGUGUCAAGUUCGCCAAAAUUGAGCGCCAACAUCGCCGGCUGGCUGACCAUGCCGCGGCGGGUCAGGUCGAUGAUGGGACCUCGUCUAUCAUGCACAGUCCAGUGCUGUCGGUGCCGCCGCCAUCGCACCCGAUGGCCGUGGAGCUACCAGCUGAGCUGCCGGGUGACUUUGUGCCUUAUAUCACAACAGAGGACUCGCUGCCGGCGCACCCCACGCCACAGGAUACUGUUCUGCCAUCACCAGGGCGGACAUCAGGCGACCUGGCCAGUCCGGGGGCUGGCGAGGUCAGUCGGCCUAGCUCGCGGACGCACGGGUCCUCUCGACCCAGCACCGGGCAUGGCCAUGAUGGGAUGCCUCCGCCGGUGCCUCCCAAGACACCGAUUCCUUAUCCUUCUGAAUAUCCCAGUGAACUGGGAGGUAUUCCGAUGCCGAUGCCGACAACGACCAGCCCGGGACACAGUCACAGUGGAAGUUUGAGUGGGAAACUUCGACCGCCGUAUCCAGUGGACGAGCCACCGGUGGUAAACAAGCAGCGGAAGCCGAGUUACCAUGUGCGGUGAUGAUACCAACACCUUCCUGUAUCUAUUUUAUACUUUUCUUCUUUUUUUUUUUUGAUUUCUGAUGAUGAGUCUAUUUCUAUGGUGUAUGAGGGAGGCGUCUGCGAGAAUCCUGCGAGGAAAGCGGGCGAUUUCCAGUUAUGAUCUGAUGGAU